AUGAGCGAGCUUCAGCUUUCCCACGUGCAGAAAGACCACCUGAGCAACAUGGAUGGGUUUGAUAGCAAGACAAAGGUCGUUGUGUCGCUGGUCAAGCUCAGUGAGCUUCAGAGGACUAACUCUCUCAACAUCGAGAAACGAUUGGCAAGCAGAGAAGAAAACCACUCGUUGGCAGACGAGCCCCAAACUGAAGGGACCGACGACUUGGCGGAGCUCUACUCAUCGACGAAUGGCAGCGAGCAGCAGGGGAGCCCGGCACCCUCGUACAGCUCGGUCAGCAAGGUUCAGUUCGAUGCGAGGAUAGAGAGCAUGAGAAAAGAUCUGAUGAACCUGCGGAAUCUGGGGAAGACGAUCCGAAGCUCGUUCAACGCCAGGGCAGCAGAGGUCAUGCACACCCUCGAGAGCUCCUCCAACAAGGGGAGCGAGCGGGAGGAACCAGAGGAGCCUCCGUCUCUUGCUGCCCCGAUGGCACAACCGAUGAGAGGAGGGAGGGAGGGAGCAGGCGGGGCCAGGAAGAACCUAGUGAGGAAGCACAUCAGACUGCAGCUAGAGGAGGAGCUGAGCUCCACAACACCCAAGUCUCCUCCCUACGAGAUGACCCGCACUUUCUCCCCGCAUGACGGCAGACCGGCCGUGCUGUAUCGCGGGGGAGGUACUCAGGGUCAGGAGGGUUUGGAGGUCGGCGGAGAGAGGACGAGUCUGGUUGGUUUCUUUGACGCUGUUGCGAUGCUCUUGAUACCGAUGCAGGAGAGCAUGAAGAAGUUUGAAAGCCCAAGCAAUCACGCAGAAAGGUGA